AUGCACGAGUCAAUAGUAACGGAAGCGACCAAGGCCGGCUGCCAUCUACACAACUUCAUCUUUUCGCAUGAAGCAUCCAGCUCAAUCGACCAUUCCGCGUACGUCUCGCAGUCCAAGACGCCGACUCUGCAGUCUCCACCGCGACUUUCACAGACCAUGGCCGCAUCUACAGCUCCGCCUGCUCGCAAGCAGAAACCCCCCUCGCAGCCACUGCGCUCUCCCCUGUCACCUUCAAGAACAAACUACACGAUUUCUUCAGAUCAGAGCACGCCAGACACUCGCCGCAGACACCCUGCUUCGCGUCGGACAAACAAGAAGACGCGCCACCUCUGCCGGUUGUGCUGCACAAGGCAGGUUGGUCCAACACAUCUGCGGCAAGCCCAAGGACGGUGGCAAGUGGACACUACACGGAGUGCAAAGAACGAGGAGCUCGCGGUGGAAAACAGCAAAGUUGGCAUCACCACCUCCAUGAGAGAGAAAGAAACAAGGCGGUUCAAAUCCAGGGCUGCAAACGUUUCCAGCCUGGCAGGCUGA